GUUUUCACAACUAUCUGAAAAAACCCCCAGGUGUUCAGAUAAGCAAAACAAGAUCAUUUCCAGCUCCCGGCCUCCCCGCCCAGCCCCCGCAGGGAGCGCAGCCCUGCCCGAAGCGUUCCCGGUCAGCGCCUUCGGUCACCGCCGGGAGCUGAGCCCUCGGGGCUGAGCCCGAGAAACGCUCUGAUCUCUGAACCAAAGGAACUGACCUACAAUCAGCUAAUGCUUUUUACAACUACUUUUAAAGUGCAUUGGUAUUUCUCUUAGGAACAAACAUGUCUGAAUUGAGCAAUUGCACAUCUGAUAAUCUUUUAGCAACUCACACAUAAAAAGCUUCAAUUUAUAUUUUGGUGUGGAAGAUGCUCUUUCUCCCUUCUCAUUAUGCCUACAUGAAAAGGGGCUGAUUUACAUUAAAAGUUGUUGAUACAGAGUGUGAGAUAUUUCAGCCUCAUGGAAAGUCUAAUGCAAUGAGCUCUGGAUAUUUUACUGCAAUAGAAAUCAUCACAACCUUUGCAGAAUUUUGUUACCUUGCUAGUACAGACUCUCCAACACUGUAAGAGAUGUGUAAAUGAUGUGUAUUUGACAGAAGCAGGGGAAAACUUAAUAAUAGGGCUUAAUGCAAACAAAACCAAUAAUCCCAGACAAAAGACUCAGUGAAGGUCUAUAUAGUCAGGACUAAUUCACAGAUGACAAGUGAGAGACUAGUUCACUGUGACUCCUGUUCUAUAACCUGUCCCCAAGAAAAUUUUAAAAUUCUAUCAUAGUUGCUACUAAUAUAAUAAUGGUCUCCUAAAGCAUUUUUUCUUCCCGUCAGGACUCUGCAAUUUAUAAUGAAAAUCUUCUCAUUGUCACAGGUAACUACAAAAAUAAAGGCCGUAAGCACUGUUUAUGUUUCAUUGACAUUGUUUCAUGACAGCAUAACUCAGGCUUCCACUGUAUUUCUUUACAACUGCCACGUGUUUUCUUUGCAGAUCAAGGACAUCGAAGUCCUCAACUGUGAAUAUGGCAAGAAUACAAUUAAGUUCCUUCGCCUUCACAGAGAGGGGAAGAAGCAUUUCGUUAAAGAAGUGGAAGUGUGUGCACAUCUCCGGCUGACUUCUCCUCAGGAGUACUUGGACGGAAACAAUUCUCUUGUGAUACCUACAGACACCAUAAAGAAUAUUGUCCUUGUGCUGGCCAAAAAAAAUGGGAUCCCAAGUUUAGAAGAAUUUGCUAUAGAUAUCUGCAAUCACUUCAUGACAACAUUUUGCCAAGUGGCGUACGUCAAAACCUACGUUCAAGAAGUACCAUGGCAACGCCUGCAUGAGGAUGGCGUUCCCCACAUCCACUCGUUCAUAUGUGUUCCCGAUGGGAUCCGCUUCUGUGAAGCUGAGCAGUGCCGGAAUGGUCCUCUGGUUGUCUUUGCUGGAAUUAAGGACCUGAAGCUUAUGAAGACAACGCAGUCUGGGUUUGAAGGCUUCUAUAAGAAUGAGCAUACCACACUUCCUGAAAGGCAUGACAGGAUUCUAUGUGGAGAGCUCUUCUGCAAAUGGUCAUACGGCGAAUGCAAGGAUUUUGACUUUAACUGCAUAUGGAAGAAAAUCCGUGAAUGUAUCCUUGAAGCCUUUGCCGGACCACCUGACUGUGGGGAAUAUUCACCCUCUUACCAGAAAACUGUCAACAGUAUCCAGAUGCUUGUCCUCUCCAGAGUGCCACAGGUACAGGUCAUAGAAGCCGUCUUGAACAACACUUUUUACAAUGUUGUAGACAUGAAGAAUCUAGGCUUGACCAAUGACAAAGAAGUUUUGGUUCCAGUGGAAGCUCCUUAUGGCUCCUGUGCUUGCACACUUGGCCGGAAGAAGUUUUUUGAAGCACAAGGCCACAUGCUGAGGGACGAGAAGAAAUGUCAGUUUGGACUGGCAGCUGCCCAGGGAAACUAAACCUCUUAGCUAUACUCAACCUUCCUGAUAACUUAAUGGCAUGGCUUUCCUAUCUAUGUUUACUCCUUAUUGGCCUCUUCCAUUGCUGACUACUUUUCCCUUUAUGAACUCCUGAACAUGGGAUUUAAGAAGGAAAUCAGGAAAUCAGAAAUCAAAGUCUGUCCCUGAAUUCCAGUGUCAUUUGCAGACUGAAGUACCCUAAGCUCCUUGGAAAAUCCCAGCUGGAAACAUUAUAGCAAUUUAAUUUUUAAACUAGCUAUUCCCAGGCCUUUUCAUGAAACAAUUAAUUUGAUGUUUGUAACAUGUUUUUGACAUGUAAAAUCAGGAAAUCUCUAUAUUUUCUUAAGUAAUAUCUCUUCAGUAAAAUGAAUAUACAGGCACUGUUUCAUUGACAUAACCUGUCAUGACCCCUUGAUGACACAUUGAUCUACAGAGCUGAGGUUCUGACCCAGUGAUUGAACAGAGAAUCAGUCAGAAUCAGGAUUUCUUUGCACAGGAAAUGAGAAACAAAGAAAAAAAAAGCAUCUCUCAUAUUUCCAUUGUGGCGUGAAUAGUUACAGCUGUUGACUUCUUUCUCUGCAUGUAUUCUGACUGCAUGACUGCUGCUGCUACUCAUCAGACUAUCAUUACUAUAGUACUUCACAUUAAUCACUGAGGUGAAUUGAGGGUUUGGGCUAUCUCUGUAGGUUUAAUUAAAUAGUUUUUUUUAGUCUAGUAAUCUUACUAGAGCAGGCGGGAGUCAACCUACGUAGCCCUAUUACAUUUGAGAGGAGUAGGGAGAAAACUAGACAGAUAAUUACUUGAUCUGUCAUAUUUCACUUUAGUUACCCCAGGUGAUAGCUUUGAACAUUGAGAUAAAACAAUAAAGUCAAUGAUUCUCAUCUCAUAAACUGUGGCUACCACAUUGGCAACAGGAAUCCUGCUCAGCUUCCAACAGCUUCUAACCCUUGCUCUCCUUUUCUCUGAGUGUCAUUUUCACAGACUCCAUGUGACAGAGUACAAAUCAAACAAAAGUGCCCAAAGUAACUUCUAAAAACUGCAGUUGAGUUGCCUUUGUGCCUCCUGAGUUCGGCUCUGGGUACAACCAUUAAAUUCACAGGCACCAAAAAUGGGGGAGGUGUCCUGCUCUGUGUGACAUUUUGAGGUACUUUGCAGGACAGAAAUUCGCCUUGAUGAGCAGGGCAUAACAGAUGCAAGGGAAGAGCGGUCCACCAGCCUGAGCUAUCUCUGAACAACAGGAAAAUGACACCACGGAGUGAAGCUGUCCCAGCUAUGAUGUUCUCUGGUCACCAGCCAACUCUGAAAAGUUUUAUUUACAAUACUUCUAGCUUUUCCUGGGGAU